GUGGAGCGCGAGCCGAGAGGGACGUGGGUGACGCGUCUCCUUCCACCCAGCUCAGUGGAGUGCGAGGUGCGCUGGCCCGGCCGGGGAUUGGCUGCUGAGAGGCGAGUACGCGGCGGCCGUUGGUCGCCGGCAGCACGGAGCGAGGGCCCGGGCGGGCGGGGCGGGGAUGGGGAGGCAGUGGCGGCGAAGGCCGGAGGAGGCGGGCGCGGGCGAGCGGGCGGACACAGCGGCGGCGGCGGCAGUCUCCCGAGCGCUCCUGUGAAGCGUCCCUAUUCCCGCUGCCGUGGGCCUCUCGGGGAGGCCAUCCGGGACGCGAGCCGCUGCGGAACCGCUCCCCAAGCCCCACUGCUCUUCGGACUCUCGAUCCCAUCCUCGCGUUCCUGCUCCGGCUCCUCCAUCUUGGCCUCGACAGUCGCUGCUGCGGGGAGGAUGUGCCGCCUCCUGGCAGGGGGAAGAAGGAGGAGAAGAUGAAGAAGUACCGGCGGGCCUUGGCCCUGGUCUCCUGCCUCUCUCUCUGCUCUCUAGUCUGGCUUCCAAGUUGGCAUGUUUGCUGUAAAGAGAGUUCUUCAGCUUCAACAUCAUACUAUUCUCAAGAUGAUAAUUGUGCAAUAGGAAGUGAAGACACACAGUUCCAGAAAAAGAAUGAAAGAGAGGAACCUAGUAAUGCUGAGCUAUCAGGAAAAUCAAAUUCCUAUUUAACUAUAUCUCCAGAAGGAAAUAAACUAAAGGAUGACUACACUAUGGAUGUACAAGAUUUGGAAACAACGAAGUUAAGCCUCCCUGUGGUUGAAGCACUCCCUACAGUUGAUUUGCAUGAAGAGUCUUCCAGUGUAGUUGUAGGCAGUGAAACCAUUGAAAACAGUUCCAGUUCAUCUACCUCAGAAAGGACUCCAGUCUCAGAGCUUGAUGAAGUAGAAAAGUCUGGUACUUUAUCUAUAGCCAAGCCAGGUGAAGUGGAGCAGCCUGAAGCUGACUGUGAUGCUGGGGAGGCUCCUGAUGCAGAUGCUUCAGUGGAACAACCUGCUUUUGUCAGUCCACCAGAGAGCCUUGUUGGCCAGCAUAUAGAGAAUGUGUCAUCUUCACACGGCAAAGAAAAAGUAACAAAAUCAGAAUUUGAAUCAAAAGUUUCAGUGAGUGAGCAAGACCAUGGUGAUCCGAAGUCUGCAUUGAACACUUCAGAUACUUUAAAAAAUGAGAGCUCUGAUUAUACAAAACCAGGAGAAGCUGACCCUACAUCUGUCACAAGUCCGAAAGAUCCAGAAGAUAUACCAACGUUUGAUGAGUGGAAGAAGAAAGUUAUGGAGGUAGAGAAAGAAAAAAGUCAGUCGUUGCAUCCGUCUUCUAAUGGAGGUCUACACGCCACAAAAAAGGUCCAGAAAAAUAGAAAUAAUUAUGCCUCUGUGGAGUGUGGUGCCAAAAUUUUGGCAGCUAAUCCAGAAGCCAAGAGCACAUCUGCUAUUCUUAUAGAAAAUAUGGACCUUUAUAUGCUGAAUCCUUGCAGCACUAAAAUCUGGUUUGUUAUUGAACUUUGUGAGCCAAUUCAAGUGAAACAAUUUGAUAUUGCAAAUUAUGAAUUAUUUUCUUCUACUCCCAAAGACUUUCUGGUUUCUAUCAGUGACAGAUAUCCCACAAAUAAAUGGAUUAAGCUGGGUACUUUCCAUGGUAGAGAUGAGCGGAAUGUCCAAAGUUUUCCCCUGGAUGAACAGAUGUAUGCAAAAUACGUGAAGAUGUUCAUCAAGUACAUAAAGGUGGAGCUGCUAUCACAUUUUGGAUCAGAGCACUUUUGUCCUUUAAGCCUAAUAAGGGUUUUUGGUACUAGCAUGGUGGAAGAAUAUGAAGAAAUUGCUGACUCCCAGUAUCAGUCAGAACGUCAGGAACUAUUUGAUGAGGACUAUGAUUAUCCCCUGGAUUAUAAUACUGUGGAGGAUAAAUCUUCAAAAAAUCUUCUUGGUUCUGCUACUAAUGCCAUUCUAAAUAUGGUGAAUAUUGCUGCUAAUAUUCUGGGAGCAAAAACUGAAGACUUGACAGAAGGAAAUAAAAGUAUAUCUGAGAAUGCCACUGCCACAACUGAACCUAAAAUGCCUGAAUCAACUCGUGUUUCAACUCCUGUUCCAUCACCUGAAUAUGUAAUCAAGGAAGUCCAUACACAUGAUACAGAACCAUCAACCUCAGCUCCUCCAAAAGAGAGUCCGAUUGUACAACUGGUUCAGGAGGAAGAAGAGGAAGCGAGUCCAUCUACAGUGACCCUUUUGGGCAGUGGUGAACAAGAGGAUGAGUCGUCAUCCUGGUUUGAGUCUGAGACACACAUACUUUGUAGUGAGCUGACUUCAAUUUGUUGUAUUUCUAGUUUUUCGGAGUACAUAUAUAAAUGGUGCUCAGUUAGAAUUGCUCUUUAUCGACAACGCAGCAGGACUGUGAGUAAAGGAAAAGAUUUUGUGUCACCUCAGCCAUCACUACUCCUUCCUGUAGAAUCAGUAGAGGUUUCAGUACUGCAGCCUCCCAGUGGCGAUGUGGAUAACGAGAACAUGGAAAGAGAAGCUGAAACUGUUGUUCCAGAUGAUUUAAGUAGUGUGCACCAGGGGCAUUUGAUAAAUCACACAGUGGACACAAUUGAACUUGAGCCGAGCUACCCUCAAACUCUUUCUCAGUCUCUUCUCUUAGAUGUUACUCCAGAAAUGAGUUCACUGUCUAAAGUAGAAGGAUCUGAGUCUGUUAAAUCUGAAGGAGGAUAUAUUCCAUCACAAGUGAUGCCCCAAGAGAGUUCUGUUGAGUUUGAUGAUAAAACAGAAAAAAAGGCCGAGAGCUUUAGUUCUGUUGAGAAGUUCUCUGUUAUUUAUGAAACAAGUAAAGUUAAUGAGGUGAUGGACAAUACUGUGAAAGAAGACAUAUUCUCCACAGAAGUUGUCACCAAGUUCCCUGAAACAAUAGUACCACCACCUAUGAACACAGCCACUGUGCCAGAGGGUGAAAGUGUGGAAACCAAACCUAGUAUAGCUGAUACACUAAAGCAUACAGUGACUCCAGUUAUGGAUCCUUCGUUGCCUGAAGUGAAAGAGGAUGAACAGUCUCCAGAAGAUGCCCUUUUAAGAGGGUUACAGAGGACAGCUACAGAUUUCUAUGCUGAAUUACAAAAUUCUACUGAUCUGGGAUAUGGUAAUGGAAAUCUUGUGCAUGGAUCAAAUCAGAAGGAGUCAGUAUUUAUGAGGCUUAAUAAUCGUAUUAAAGCCUUAGAAGUUAACAUGUCUCUCAGUGGUCGCUAUCUGGAGGAGCUUAGUCAAAGGUACCGAAAACAGAUGGAAGAAAUGCAGAAGGCUUUCAAUAAGACAAUAGUUAAGCUUCAGAAUACUUCACGGAUAGCAGAAGAGCAGGAUCAGCGGCAAACUGAAGCCAUCCACUUGCUCCAGGCACAACUGACCAACAUGACACAGCUUGUUUCAAACCUAUCAGCAACUGUAGCAGAAUUAAAGCGGGAGGUUUCAGAUCGUCAGAGUUACCUUGUCAUGUCUUUGGUUUUAUGUGUUGUCUUGGGACUGAUGCUCUGUAUGCAACGUUGUCGAACUGCUUCUCAAUUUGAUGGAGAUUACAUUUCAAAACUUCCUAAAAGUAAUCAGUAUCCAAGCCCUAAAAGGUGUUUCUCUUCCUAUGAUGACAUGAAUUUGAAAAGAAGAACAUCAUUUCCUCUCAUCAGAUCCAAAUCUCUGCAGUUUACUGGCAAAGAAGUAGAUCCGAAUGAUUUGUACAUCGUAGAACCCCUCAAGUUCUCUCCAGAGAAAAAGAAGAAACGUUGCAAGUACAAAACUGAAAAAAUUGAGACAAUAAAGCCUGCAGAUCCAUUGCACCCUAUAGCAAAUGGAGAUAUAAAAGGAAGAAAGCCCUUUACGAACCAGAGAGAUUUUUCUAAUAUGGGAGAAGUUUAUCACUCUUCUUACAAGGGCCCUCCGUCUGAGGGAAGCUCGGAAACUUCAUCACAGUCAGAAGAGUCCUAUUUUUGUGGCAUUUCAGCUUGUACAAGUCUGUGCAAUGGACAGACCCAAAAGACAAAAACUGAGAAGAGGGCUUUAAAACGAAGGCGAUCUAAAGUCCAAGACCAAGGAAAGUUAAUAAAAGCUCUUAUACAGACUAAGUCGGGGUCAUUGCCGAGCCUGCAUGACAUAAUCAAAGGAAACAAGGAGAUCACCGUGGGAGCAUUUGGAGUUACAGCAGUCUCGGGACAUAUCUAAAAGGAGCAGAACAUUUAUACUGAAAACUUUUUUGUUGUUCUUUGAAGAACAGCCUGUGGUAUUUGAAGGGUUCAGGGGGAGGGAUAAAAUAUUGGGGAAAGUAUUCAGAAAUUAUGGGUUUUUUUAUUUUGCCUUUUAAAAAAGUAGACAGGAUUGUGUCAAUCUUGGCUGAUGAGCUACAGUUUUACAAGGCUGAUCUCUUCCUAGAAGGAUGGUGAUAGACAUUUUAUAAAGAUGUGUUUUCACAGAUAAUUACUGGGACAAAAGUAAUUUGGAAGCCCAGUUCCUUGGGUGGAUAGGAAUGAAAGCCUAAACCUCUCCUUCAGCUUGGUUCCCGUUUCUUGCACCUUCCCAUAUUUAUGUGCCUUUUGUCUAUUUAUAAUGCCACUGGAAGAGGAGGGAGAACGUUUUCUGUCAUUUGAUUUGUUUUGUAACUUUAUUAGGUUUUUGAAGCUGCAAACACUACAAAGUGUUAAGGUGGUCCAUGCCUGAAGCUCAGCAAUGUGGGUCAUUUGCAUAAAGGUCCUAAAGACUUCCAACUUAGAACAGUAGUCUCACUGAAACAAACACUUGCUCAAGUUUUCUAAAGGCCUUUCACAUAAAAAAGGGGAUGAUUUCACCCUUGCUUUCAUUUAAUUUAGUUGGAUUGGGUUAUUUUUUUUCCCCUGAGUUAUUGUUAACUCAGUAAAAUGGUAAGAUAUUUUCUUGGAAAUGACAGGUAUUUGGAAUAAAUUUAUUAUAAAUUCACCUUUAAACACACUUAACUAUUUGUGAUGAUUUCUCUACAUUGCUCUAAAUGUUCACAGUAAACACUAAUCCUCCAAAUUUUCACAUCACCGAGACCAGGUUUUCCAUGGUCCCGUCACUGCCUUUGUACAUAGUCACAGAACCAGCCAGUGAGCACGUCAGGCCUCAUUCAGUCUAAUUGGUAAAGUCUAAUGGGAUUGUGAUUCCUUCAUGUUCGCUUUCGUUGGCUACAAUGUGCAGAUAUGUAUGUAUGUGAUGUCAGCAUCUGUCUUCACUGGUUUUUUGUUUUGUUUCCUUAAGUAAUUGGCAGUGUCUGAGUAAAUUGAUUUCUUGAUGUGUGAUUGUACAGGGAUGAGUGAAAGUGAUAUGUGUUUUAGAGAGAGAAUUGACCAUUUUGUGUUGUAAAAUUUAAGUUAUAAUUUAUUGAGCACUUUUGUUAAUAAUUGUUUAUAAAUUUGUCUAAUGCCUUUUGUGGUAUUGUUUGUAAUGUGAUUUAUUUAAGGCCUUUUUGUUUAAGUUGCUGCUUUAGGUUAACAGUAUGUUUUAGGAAAUGAAUUUUCCCCCUCCCAGUCUGCACAAUUAGCCAUUCAGAGCAAUAUGGCCUGGUGGUACACAGCAGGCCCUUGAGAAGUCCAGAUGUGAGCCGAGCUAGAGUGGGGAGUCACUGUGUGCUGUGAAAGGAGGGUUUUAAAUAUGUAACUACAGAGCUGUAGUACCAUUAGAAACUGUGAAUUUCCAAAUAAAUCUGAACACUUGUCUUUAUUAA